AUGGUUUGGGGAGAUUUGGUUCCAACUGAGGGUGAAGUACGGAGGAGUCAGAAGUUGAGGAUUCGGAGGUAUUCACAGCACUAUGUGGACGUGCUAACAAUGGAGGAAACACCAAGCAUUGACGCACUGGCUAAUGCACUGGAUGAGUUUUAUGGUGGAGUUGUCCUUGUCAGUCAUGUCAGUCAUGACUCUAGGCUCAUAUCAUGUAUUUGUGAGGAUGAAGAGAGGAGUGAAAUUUGGGUUGUGGAAAAUGGAACUGCGAGUACUUACCCUGGAACAUUUGAGGAGUACAAGGAGGAGUUACAAAGAGAGAUCAAACAAGAAGUCGACGAUUGA